GAUUCUCCCACGUGACGCAGCCAGGAUGUGGGAGGGAGGUGCUAGGGGUAGGAGGUGGGGCGAAGCCGGACAGCCCGGUCACAUGAUGUGUCAUGUGACGCGAUCCCGGAAGUCCACGGCAAGGCUACGGGCGCCGGUGGGCUUGGAGCUGUGGCGGCAUGUUCUCGGCGGGCGCAGAAAGUCUGCUGCACCAGGCCAGGGAGAUCCAGAAUGAGGAGUUACAGCGUUUCUGUUCCCGGGUCACUAAGCUGCUGCAGGAAGCUCCAGGGCCAGCCACCGUGGAUGCCCUGCAGAGACUCUUUCUCAUCGUCUCAGCCACCAAGUACCCCCGGCGGCUGGAGAAGACAUGUGUGGACCUGUUGCAGACCACUCUCUGUUUGCCCACCAGCCCUGAGCAGCUCCAUGUCCUCUGUGCUGCUAUCUUGAGAGAGAUGUCACCUUUUAAUGACCUGGCCCUGUCCUGUGAUCACACCCAAAACACCCGGCAGCUCAGCCUUGUGGCCUCUGUGCUCUUGGCCCAGGGAGACAGAAAAGGAGAGAUCGGACGUGUGAGCCAGCGCAUCUUCAAGAUCCUGGAGAACCGGCAGCCUGAGGGGCCCAGUGUCAGGCCCCUCCUCCCCAUCCUGUCCAAGGUCAUUGGCCUUGCCCCAGGCAUCCUCAUGGAAGACCAGACCAACCUGCUCAACAGAAGGCUGGUAGACUGGCUUCGCUACGCCAGCAUCCAGCAAGGGCUUCCAUAUUCAGGGGGCUUCUUCUCGACACCCAGGGCCCGGCAGCCCGGUCCCAUCACUGAGGUGGAUGGAGCAGUGGCUUCUGACUUUUUCACAGUACUCUCCACGGGCCAGCACUUCACGGAGGACCAGUGGGUGAACACGCAGGCCUUCUCCAUGCUGCGGAAAUGGCUGCACAGUGGCCCCGAGGGGCCUGGCAGUCCAGAUGCAGAUGACAAGUCAGAGCUGGAGGGCUCCACCCUGUCUGUACUCUCUGCGGCUUCCACUGCCAGCCGACUGCUGCCCCCUCGGGAGCGGCUGAGGGAGGUGGCCUUCGAGUACUGCCAGCGCCUGUUGGAGCAGAGUAACCGGAGAGCGCUGAGGAAGGGGGACUCGGACCUACAGAAAGCUUGCCUGGUGGAAGCUGUGCAGCUGCUGGACGUGCUGUGCCGGCAGGACCCCUCCUUCCUGUACCGCACCCUCUCCUGCCUGAAGGCCUUGCACAGGAGGCUGGGCGAAGACCCAGGCAGUGAGCGGGCACUGGUGCCUCUUGCCCAGUUCUUCCUGAACCAUGGGGAAGCAGCCGCCAUGGAUGCAGAAGCCGUCUACGGGCAGCUGCUUGGCAGUCUCCCUUCCGAGCGUUUCCACAGCCCGACCGUGGCCUUCGAGGUCAUACACUUCUGCACGCACAACCUGGCUCUGUUCGACGCCCACUUUCUCAGCCUUCUCAGGUUGAGCUUCCCAAGUCUAUUCAAGUUCCUGGCGUGGAACAGCCCUCCUCUCACAGCCGAGUUUGUGGUACUCCUCCCAGCUCUGGUGGACGCUGGCACCGCUGUGGAGAUGUUGCAUGCACUGCUUGACCUGCCCUGUCUGACUGCUGCCCUGGACCUACAGCUCAGGUCCACACAGACCCCGUCGGAAAGGCUGCUUUGGGAUGUCUCCCUCAGGAUCCCCAGCUGUCUAGAGGCCUUCCAGGACCCACAGUUCCAAGGACUCUUCCGGCACCUGCUUCGUCCCAAGGCCAGUGGCUCCACAGAGAGACUGACGCCGCUUCACCAGGUGCUGAAACCCAUGGCCAGCUGUGCCAGGGUGACCCAGUGCGCGGAGGCAGUGCCUGUCCUACUUCAGGCCUUCUUCUCGGCCGUGACCCAGACUGCCGACGGGGUCCUGAUCAACCAGCUGGCACUGCUGCUCCUGGAGAGAAGUGACUCCCUCUACCCAGUCCCUCAGUAUGAGGCCCGUGUGCACAGGGUGCUGAGCUCCCAGCUCCUGGUGCUAUGUAAACUGAAGCCAUCACUGCUGGUGGAACUGUCACGCGAGCUUCUAGAGUUCGUGGGGAGCGUGAGCAGCAUCCGCAGCCGAACCAGCAUGUUCACUAGUGUGGUGUGGGCCAUUGGGGAGUACCUGUCGGUGACCUUCGACAAGAGGUGCACAGCAGAGCAGAUCAACAAGUUCUUUGAAGCUCUGGAAGCCCUGCUGUUUGAAGUCACCCAGUCCCGCCCCUCAGCCGACCUGCCCUGCUGUCCCCCAGAGGUGGUCACUGCACUCAUGACCACGCUGACCAAGCUAGCCUCCCGGAGCCAAGACCUGAUCCCAAGGGUGUCAUUGUUCCUGUCAAAAAUGCGGACCCUGGCCCAGAGCCCAGGCACCAGCUCUGUGCACAGUGAGGAGGGUGCAGAGUCCAUCCGGAUGCGAGCCACAGAGCUGCUGACCCUGCUGAAGAUGCCCAGUGUGGCCCAGUUUGUGUUCACACCCACUGUGGGCGUGUGCCAGCCCCGCUACCACCAAGACACCAACGUGUCCCUGCCUCUGGCCCUGCGUAUCGUCAGCCGACUGGUGGAGAAGGAGGCUGGCCUCCUGCCAUGUUGAAGGGACAGUCACCUGAACAGUAGCUACAGCUUAAGAGCCUGGGCAGUGAGCGACGUUGGCUGAGCUGCAGGCUUGGGUGACACUCAAGGAGUGGGGAGGAGAGGGGACAUGACAUGGCUGUCAGGAUGAGGUCACCAGCCCCUGGGGAUGAGUCAUCCCGCCUUGUCUCUGUGGCCGGCCACCGUCAGCUCAGCGGUGAGCGGCUGAGAGGUAACUUGAAUGUUACUUCUAGGCCAAAAAGAAUCGGCCUGGUCUGCUUGCUGCUGUUACCCAUUUCUGGACUUGGGGGCAGGGAGCAGUGCAGGAAAAAUAAACUAAAAAACUUAUUUAUGCCGA